AAAACAGCUUGCGGCCACGGUACUACGUGAGCAACGGUCUUGCAACUCAUCAAGCGAUUCAGUACGUGCUUGAUCUGCCUAAACAUAUUGUUUAACAUAUAAACGUACUUCUUGGUAUUGUUACCGAUGUCGAGUCCGGAAAAUGGUGAACUAAAGGGUGGCCAUCCCCCAGCAGUUAAAGCUGGAGGAAUGAGGAUAACCCAACAUAAGACUCCAAAAGAUGAACGUGAAACAAAGCCUAGCAAAGACUCCGAAGAGAGUACCAAGGCCUCUACCAGCAGUCCUCCUAAAACUAUGAUGAUCAGUGGAGUUGUAGCAAGAGGAAAUGCAGACUUCCCGCCUGCAGCAAUACAACACUUUCACGAUAAGCCUAUUCCAACUCACGAUUCUCGGCCUGCUCAUUCCUCUCGUCCCAUUAUAAUUCAGCAGCCCAAGAAGUAAAUGUCAAGACUCAUGUCAAUUGGUGGAUGGAAAAAUGGGACAAUGACAUUUCAAUUAAAAACAUAUAUAUUGCAUGCUAUUUCUCUAUCGAAAAAGGUAUAAUCUGAUUGAAUAAUUGCAUACUUUACAUAUUAAUCUAUAUUCAAUAAUGAAUCCGAAAGGAUCUCGUAUAACAAGGUGAUUACACCGUCACUCAGAGAAACUUAACGAUCCAAGAGAGACAACUUUAUUUUUAAUUCGAAUGCUGGAAGUUCUUAUCAGCACUUUGUAAUUCCGAGUUUAAUAAGGCUCCAAUAUCUUGAUUCCACAUCUAAUUUGUAGGUUAUUAUGCCUUAGUUACAUCUAUUUUCAUUUUUUCUGUUUGAAAGAAUUGUUGCAUUUUUUCUUAUUUUGCGACCAUUAAAACGCAUUUUUUAAUCUUAGACUUUGUGAAACGUAUGCUGUACAGCGUGUGUUUUGUAAUGUAUUACUAUUCAAAGCCGUUCAAAAUCGCUAUAAGUAGUACUGAUAUCUUCAGUAUCUUCAAUAUAUGAUUUAAAGAAUUUUGUUGUUUUGCAAGUUUAUUACUUAAUGUGUGAUGUAUUAAAGCAUUGUGAUUAUUUCUUUUUUUACGAGAGUGAUUAAAUAUUUUUUGAUGUGACACUAAGUAAUAAAAAUAAAAUGUUUAUGACA